UUCCGGCGCGAGUGCAGCCGGGCACAUAGAAGCCGCAUGUGCAGAAGUGUCCCUGGGCGGCCAGGGGGCUGCCUUGCUGGUGCGUGGCUGUGACUGCUCAUGCUAGCAGAGCCCAGGCAAUCAGAUGCAUCGCGGGGCUCUGUGUGGGGAGAGAACGGCUGCAGGGAGAGCGCUCGGGGCGGGGCGGAAGCGGGUGUGAAAUGUGCUAACCCCCCUCUCGCCCUGGCAGGCUGCAGAGUAGUGGCCGCAUUUGGCACCAGCUCACCCGCCUCCCGGAGGCAGGCAGGGACAUGGCUGUGGUGGAGCCAGCUCAGCAGGUUACAGGACAGUGAGUGAGAACAAGCAGGAGAAUCCUCAGCAGGACACUCCUGGAAAAGUGGAGCUUCAGGAGACAUUUUUGAGAAAAGCUGAAGGGACUUUUUUCCAGUGAAAUCAACACAGGUCAGAGAGGCAGCUAGAAAACCAUCCAAGGAAGAAUAUGGAUGAAUUCAUUCAGUAUGGCGAAGGAUGCACAAAUCCCAAGGAAACCACAGCCCAGCAGACAAGUCCCAAGGAAGAAAAACCCUACAAAUGCCUUGACUGUGGAAAAGGAUUCAGUUUAAGUACAAACCUUAUUACACAUUGGAGAACCCACACGGGAGAGAAAUCCUACAAAUGCUUGGACUGUGGGAAAAGCUUCAGUGAAAAGUCAUACUUUAUUACUCACCAGAGAGUUCACACAGGAGAGAGACCGUAUAAAUGCUUUGCAUGUGAGAAAAGCUUCAGUCAGAAGUCAUACCUUAUUACACACGAGCGACUGCACACAGGAGAGAGACCAUAUAAAUGCCAUGAGUGUGGAAGAAGUUUUAGUGAAAGUACAUCUCUAAUUAAACAUGGGCGAACCCACACAGGAGAGAGACCCUAUAAAUGCCUGGAGUGUGGGAAAAGUUUUAUUGAAAAUUCAUCCCUUACUAAACAUGGGCGAGUCCACACAGGAGAAAAACCCUAUAAAUGCCUUGAGUGUGGGAAAAGAUUCAGUCUGAAAUCAGCCCUGAACACACACCGGAGAACCCACACAGGAGAGAAGCCCUAUAAAUGCCUGGACUGUGGGAAAAGUUUUGCUCACAAUUCAGGAUUUAGUGCUCAUCAGAGAGUCCACACAGAAGAGAAGCCCCAUAGGUGCUUGGACUGUGGGAAAAACUUCAGCCACAUAUCAAACCUUACUAGACAUCAGAGAAUCCAUACAGAAGAGAAGCCUUAUGGAUGCUUGGACUGUGGGAAAAACUUCAGCCACAUAUCAAACCUUACUAGACAUCAGAGAAUCCAUACAGAAGAGAAGCCUUAUGGAUGCUUGGACUGUGGGAAAAACUUCAGCCACAUAUCAAACCUUACUAGACAUCAGAGAAUCCAUACAGAAGAGAAGCCUUAUGGAUGCUUGGACUGUGGGAAAAACUUCAGCCACAUAUCAAACCUUACUAGACAUCAGAGAAUCCAUACAGAAGAGAAGCCUUAUGGAUGCUUGGACUGUGGGAAAAACUUCAGCCACAUAUCAAACCUUACUAGACAUCAGAGAAUCCAUACAGAAGAGAAGCCUUAUGGAUGCUUGGACUGUGGGAAAAACUUCAGCCACAUAUCAAACCUUACUAGACAUCAGAGAAUCCAUACAGAAGAGAAGCCUUAUGGAUGCUUGGACUGUGGGAAAAACUUCAGCCACAUAUCAAACCUUACUAGACAUCAGAGAAUCCAUACAGAAGAGAAGCCUUAUGGAUGCUUGGACUGUGGGAAAAACUUCAGCCACAUAUCAAACCUUACUAGACAUCAGAGAAUCCAUACAGAAGAGAAGCCUUAUGGAUGCUUGGACUGUGGGAAAAACUUCAGCCACAUAUCAAACCUUACUAGACAUCAGAGAAUCCAUACAGAAGAGAAGCCUUAUGGAUGCUUGGACUGUGGGAAAAACUUCAGCCACAUAUCAAACCUUACUAGACAUCAGAGAAUCCAUACAGAAGAGAAGCCUUAUGGAUGCUUGGACUGUGGGAAAAACUUCAGCCACAAAUCAAAUCUUACUAGACAUCAGAGAAUCCACACAAGAGAAAGUCCAUGUUAACACCUGGACACUGGGAAAUAUUUCUGGGUUGACUUGGGACACCUUGGGAUGCCUGUUCUGCCUGUCUGGGCCCCCUUUUACCUGGCCUUGCUAGGCCAGACUCAAGCCUUUUUCAGCCAAGUCCACAGGCAGGAACGAUCCAGACACACAUCAGCUCUGGGAAGACUCGGCUGAAAAGGACCCUCCCUUGGGAUACCAUUCCAAAGUGACAGGACAUUUGCCUCUUCCUCAAUGAGGAGGAAGGUUUGCACAGCUUCCUCCUCUGCCCCGUGGCAAAUUACAUAAGCUGGGUGAUAUUCUGCACCCGACGUAAGUUUAUGAACUGUGAAAAGUGUAUUUUAAGUAGUCAAAAAGAACAAAGCCGAUUACUAAGAAGAUAAUACAAAAUAUGCAAAUGGAGCUAGAUUUCCUAAAGACACUAGCUACAAAUAAUAAUUUCUCACCUGAAAUGUUGAUUGAGGUAGAGUCAUUUGCAGGCCAGAGGGGUCUCUUCUAGCCUGGAUCCAGCAUUGCUCCCCUCCCCCUCAGCCCCGUCAGUUACAGUCCUGUGGUUUCCAGGUAUCAUUUGGGUGGGAAGGCCAAGUGAAGCAAGCUGAAGAUGAUAGUUGUUUCCUCCCCCACCUUGUAUAGGAUUUCCAUAAAGCAGGUGGCCCCAGGAGUGGGGAAGGGGGGAUAGAGCCAGGGGAAGGUGAUGUGGGGGAAAGGAGGGAUAAAAGUGCUUGGUGCAGGCUGGAUGGGGGAAGCUCAGCGACCCCGCGCCUCACAGGAUCACAAAUUAGUGACUCCAGGGGAACAGAUGACAGACUUCAACCCUUCCCCUCUCCUCCCCCCCUCCGAUGGCACUAGGACCUGCAAUAGCAGCCAGGGAGGGCUUGUGGAUGGGGUGAGAGAGGCAGGUGGGCAGGAGUCAAGUGGGCUGGGAGAGUCCAGUGCAGGCGGUCAGUCUGGGCUGUCUUGCCUUGGCUGACCUCACAGCAAGCUUCAAGGCCCAGGCUGUAGCUGUAUAUGAUUCAUGCCCAUUUCAUUUGAAAUUAUUCCUGCCGUAAUGCAUUGUCUGAGGGUGACGCUACCAGUGUAACAAGUUUCUCAGUGAUUCAUGACUUUUGGCGGACAUAUAUUUGUGAUUGGGAAGACUCGAAUCAUGAGGCUAAGAGAGUUUAUGUCCACAGAGUGUUGCCACGGACAGCACACGAACCAAUGGGGAGCACCAGGGGACAAAAGUCUUUGUGGAUUUCUCUGCCUACCAUGAAGAGGAGACAGGCGAGUGAUUCCUCCCAACAGUGAAUUUGUGAUUUGAAGCAGAAACGAGGGGAAGAAAUAAAAAGGCCUAAGAGAGAGGGACGGUAUCUUUUAUGCUGCUUCGACUCUGAGGGACAAGGAUUAUUAAGCAGAAAGCAAAAUCUCCCCAGUGUUUGGGCUGGGAUAGCCCUAAAGGACAUAACAAGCUUGUUAUUAUAGAAGCAUCUUUUUCUUGUUGAAACUUAAGAGUGGAAUUGAUUUGUGUGUC